AAAAAGAAGUUUAUUUACCACUUCAAAAACGUCCGCUGGGCUAAGGGCCGGCAUGAGACCUACCUGUGCUACGUGGUGAAGCGGCGGGACAGCGCCACGUCCUUUUCGCUGGACUUCGGUCACCUUCGCAACAAGUCGGGUUGCCACGUGGAAUUGCUCUUCCUCCGCUACAUCUCCGACUGGGACCUGGACCCCGACCGGUGCUACCGGGUCACCUGGUUCACCUCCUGGAGCCCCUGCUACGACUGUGCCCGACACGUGGCUGACUUUCUGAGAGGGUACCCCAACCUCACUCUGAGGAUCUUCACGGCGCGACUCUACUUCUGCGAGGACCAGAAGGCUGAGCCCGAGGGGCUGCGGCGCCUGCACCGCGCUGGGGUUCAGCUGGCCAUCAUGACCUUCAAAGAUUAUUUUUACUGCUGGAAUACUUUUGUAGAAAACCAUGAAAGAAGUUUCAAGGCCUGGGAGGGGCUGCACGAAAAUUCGGUCCGCCUGUCUAGACAGCUUCGGCGCAUCCUUUUGCCCCUGUACGAGGUCGAUGACUUACGAGAUGCAUUUCGUACUUUGGGACUUUGACGGCGACCUCCAGGAAUGUCACAUGCCAUGAAGCCUCUCUUCUGAAGAUAGGGGAUAAAAAGGACAAUCCUUUGAUUCUUCUGUUUUUCUUCUUCGACUCUCACUUUCUUCAAGUUUAGAGGGAAAAAAAAUCUUUCUAUAUGACACUGAAAAUAAUAUCUGUCUUGAAAAUGGAGAAGGAUCACAGGCCCACCAGGGGGAUGGAGCAACUGCACAUUUUGAAGGCAACAUCGCCCCCUACUGGGUACAACGGAACUGCAGGAUUCGGGAGUGUCCUGAAGUAGCAUAUGCCUCUGACUUUUAGACGGGAUGGAAGAAGGGGCAUCCUAAAACAACAUCCUGAGAGGAUCAAAUAUUUUAUAAUCAGUAUCCUUUGUUAUUUAAUUCAUUUGCGUUUUCGGUGAUAUUAGUGAUCAAUUUUCAAGGUUUGCUUGCAAGUCACACAAACUCUCCCCCCAGGCCAUAAUCCGCAGAUCCUCCUACUGAGAGGUUCUGGGGGCCCGUAACCCCACCCCAGCUCUCCAAAGCAGGAGCAUCACACGCCGCUGCACGUUCUCACUGUGUGGCGCGUGUUCUUACCUGGGCAGGUAAGGGGACGGCGGGGGAUACGGACUGCACGUGGUCUCCUCAGGUUAUGGUCAUAGAGGAGGUGACGCUGCUAUGAGGACUGGGAAGAAGGUGCUCUGACAGUGAUUGACAGAUGCCGUAGAAAGUCCUCCGGAAGCACGGCCCUCUUAUGGAAUUCCGUCAUUUAGGAACAACGCACGCCACACAUCACAGUGAGCGCGUGGGAGGAAAUUCUGUCCCCUCUAGUGGACUUUUCAUCCUCAGCAACACCAAGCCCAUCAAGGCUUCCCGUCUUUCGCAUGUGGACGAUGCUUCUCUCAAGGACGUGUUAACUAAGUAAGAGGGAGGGGAAAAGAAGCCUUUGGUGGGGAAGGAUGGGCGAGCAUUGCAAGGGGGUCUGCUCUAUCCCAGAAAAUGUGGGGAGACGACCUGGACGCCCUGCUGCCCCUGCACAUGCGUAUUUGUCACUAACGGUUACCCUGGGGGUGGGGAAAUAACCGAACGACCAUCUCCCGGUGCGGCUACUCCCUGCCACCCCUCGCCAGGAAGAGGACAGAUCCCAAGGAAGCCUUGCCUGCACAGCUGUAUUAUUUUAAUCUUGUACAUAGUGUAUGAAAGAGCUGAGUAACCAAAACUGAUUGCCUCAUGUACUCCUUCACUUUAUAUAUUACGCCAAGGGUGUCUAGUGCUAGUUUGACCAUCCUUUCCUCUUCUGACGUAGUGAAGUGGAGAUCCUCAGUCACAUACAUUAAUAACUUGAAAAAGAAAUCAUUUUACUGGAAUCAGUAGGUGGUCUGGUGGUUAAGAUGCUGGACUUUCACAUGGCCGA